UAAAGUCGGAAUGAGUUCAGACCAAUGCUGGCAAUAAUACUCUCACAAUUCACUAACAAUGGCGUCCAUAUCUAUUCCUCUGGUGUAUAAAUCUCAUUCCCUCAGUCGUUCCUCAAGUUAUCGUCCUCAUUUCACUACUCCACAACUUCAUUUACCCAUCCAAUUCAAAUGUUCAGCUACUAACGAGGGUUCAAAUAAUGAGGAGAGCUCGUGUCAGUUCAAGCAACUUAGGAAUGUUGCUUGUGGGUUCCUUGCUGUUUGGGCAGUGGCUAAUUCUGUUUCUCCCGUAAUUGCUGCUGGUCAGAGAUUGCCUCCAUUGUCAACAGACCCAGAUAGGUGUGCACGGGCCUUUGUUGGUAACACAAUAGGUCAAGCCAAUGGUGUUUAUGACAAACCACUUGAUCUGCGCUUUUGUGAUUACACAAAUGAGAAAAAUAACCUCAAGGGGAAGUCACUUGCAGCAGCACUCAUGUCUGGUGCAAUAUUUGAUGGUGCAGACAUGACUGAAGUGAUCAUGUCUAAAGCUUAUGCCGUUGGAGCUAGUUUUAAGGGGACGGACUUUUCGAAUGCUGUUCUAGAUCGAGUGAACUUUGAGAAAGCCAACCUCCAGGGAGCUUCAUUUAAGAACACUGUACUAUCUGGAUCUACCUUUAAUGAUGCUCAACUUGAAGAUGCAGAUUUUGAGGACACAAUCAUUGGCUACAUCGAUCUUCAGAAAAUAUGUCUGAAUAAAACUAUUAACGAAGAAGGGAGAGUUAACUUGGGAUGUAGAUAACCGUAUGCUAUUGUCCAGUUUUCUUAUACUUGAUUCAUCUUCCAUAAUCCGUGGGAUAAUUGAAUGUAAGCUACUACUCAUAUAUUUGUCAUUUUGGUAUAGCAAAAUGGGUGAGCUGUGCUGGUAGAGGCAACUAGGAGUCUGCUCCCCCCUUUUCAUUUGAAGUUCAGUAAUUUACACUGUUUGUACACGAAACUCUAGUUAAACUUCACAUGUUUAACCUGA